ACAAAAGGCAUUCUGACCCCUCUCUGCUCCUCGUUUCUGUUGCCUAGGUUUGAGUUCUGGGAGGAUUUUGAAGAGGAUCACGGGAAAGGCAGAGAGAACGGCUACCAGAGCCUUCACAAAGUCCUGGAGCCAUUUCUCCUACGCAGAGUGAAGAAGGAUGUGGAGAAAUCUUUGCCAGCCAAAGUGGAGCAGAUCCUUCGUGUGGAGAUGUCUGCUUUGCAGAAGCAGUAUUACAAGUGGAUUUUGACAAGAAACUACAAAGCUCUGUCAAAGGGAACGAGGGGGAGCACAUCUGGUUUCCUUAACAUUGUGAUGGAGUUGAAAAAGUGCUGCAACCACUGCUACCUUAUCAAACCUCCCGAGGAAAAUGAGAGAGAGAAUGGCCUUGAGACACUGCAGUCUCUGGUCAGGAGCAGUGGGAAGCUCAUUCUGUUGGACAAGCUGCUGACUCGGCUGCGGGACAGAGGCAACAGGGUGCUGAUCUUCUCCCAGAUGGUGAGGAUGCUGGACAUCUUGGCAGAGUACCUGACCAUCAAACACUAUCCUUUUCAGCGCUUGGACGGCUCGAUCAAAGGGGAGAUCCGAAAGCAGGCGCUGGACCACUUCAACGCUGACGGCUCAGAGGACUUCUGUUUUCUGUUGUCCACACGAGCUGGAGGGCUGGGAAUUAAUUUGGCCUCUGCAGAUACUGUUGUUAUCUUUGACUCGGACUGGAACCCCCAAAAUGAUCUGCAGGCUCAGGCUCGGGCUCACCGGAUUGGACAAAAGAAGCAGGUGAAUAUUUACCGCCUGGUCACCAAGGGUACGGUGGAGGAAGAGAUCAUUGAGAGGGCCAAGAAGAAGAUGGUGCUGGACCAUUUGGUCAUCCAGCGUAUGGACACCACUGGCCGGACUGUUCUGGACAACAACUCCGGGCGAUCCAACUCUAAUCCUUUCAACAAAGAGGAGCUGACAGCUAUUCUGAAGUUUGGAGCUGAAGAUCUCUUCAAGGAGCUUGAAGGGGAAGAGUCAGAGCCUCAGGAGAGGGACAUUGAUGCGAUUUUGCGUCUGGCUGAAACACGAGAGAAUGAAGUGUCCACCAGUGCCACCGACGAGCUCUUCUCCCAGUUCAAGGUGGCCAACUUUGCAACCAUGGAGGAGGAAGAGACAGAGCUGGACGAGCGGUCCCAGAAGGACUGGGACGAUAUCAUUCCAGAGGAGCAGAGGAAAAAGGUGGAGGAGGAAGAAAGGCAGAAGGAAUUGGAGGAAAUCUACAUGCUGCCUCGAAUCCGGAGCUCGACUAAAAAG